AUGUGGCUGGGAAACGAGAAUGCCUCGGACCAAUUUUUCAGCUUUCAAGCUCAAGCUCAAGCUCAAGCUCUACGUCUUGGAGAGCCUUCAUGGGGUAAUAUCAGCAUUCACUACAUUACAGGCUUCGGCGAAAUAGCCAGUUUCAUAGCCAGUGACGCAGAUCACACUACAGCGGUAUACAAGCGCUUUGACAAACUAGCCGCCCGGGACUUAUUGUACUACGAGUGCGAGCUUUUAGAACUGGAAGCACCCCAAGAUCAGUAUGAUCGUGAAGAUGCCAUCGACGCAAGAAGAUUGGACAACGCAGACUUGCAGCGACUGAUUCGAACAAAUGCUCGAGAUUGGCUGUCCUUCAAGCAACGAGCAAUGAAGGAAGAGGAGUCCAACGACAAAGACAACCAGCGUUGGAAGAAGAGGAUGAAGCUAGCGAUGGAUAUUCGAGCGACAUUAAAGGCAUACAGGGAAGCCUUGCUGCUAAAUUCAACACUUCUCACACUGCAUCAACCACCUAAACAGACACUGACUACGCUGUCCAACUACUUCCAUCAGCAGCAUGUUGUGUCGGGGAGCCAAGCAAGCCAACAGACUACAUAUACUUCCUCGAAGCUCUCGGGAGCAGCGAGCUCAGCAUUAUACCCUUUACCCAACACUCCCGCAUCGCAGCAAGCGACAGACCUCGUCACUCUGUCCCCUCAAACCCAUAUCGACUCCCUUACCUACUUCCUUAAAACAUACUGCUCAUGGCUGUUCGAAGUUCGGUGA